UAUCAGCAUGAACUGGGCCAAGCCUAACCCACCUUUUGUAAAGGUUUUGGGCUACAUCAAUAUAGGCAAGCUUUGUUUCCAAAUCUACUAAUCUCUGGUCCAAAAACAAAAUUUUAUUUUCAAAAGCUCUGUUUUACCGAUCAAAAAUAAAGGCAACAAAGGCAGAGCAUUUCAAGGGUUAGGGUUUUGAAUUUGAACAUGGAAGUGAAGAAUCUGCUCAAGGACAAGAAAUUCUGGUUCGCCUCUUUUCUCAUUGCCUGGGCUGCUGCUCUCCAAGGGCACAUGAUAUGGUUGCAGAGGCAAGACUCAUUCAAGCAGAAGUUUGGUAAUAUUGAUCAAAACACUAGUGAUGCUGAAGAAUGAGUCACUUUGAUAUUAGAUUAGAUUUAAGCAGAGCUACAUUUUGGGGGCAAAGUUUUUAAGUCAAAAGGCUUGUUUCUUUUUUGGAGAAUACUUGUGAAACUGAUCACAAAUUUACAGUCUUUAUGUAAAUAAAAAGACCCAUUUCUUAAUUUUUGAAUCUUGUCUAGUUUUGCUCU